UGCUGCUUCUUCUAGUGUUAUGGAUAUUGAGCACCUGCUUCUUCUCAGUGGUGCAGUUGACUUUGAAAGUUGGCAACGUUCAUUUCAACUCUAUAAACUUCCAAGCAUUUCUACACUGGGAUGCAAUUGACCGUGAAGAUGCAAAGUACUAUGUUCAGUACAAAGUAUACGGAGACUGGCAAUGGGAAAAUAACACAGAGUGUUGGGGCCACCGGGAUAACUGGUGCAAUCUAACCACAGUAAUGUCAAGCACUGAACAUGAAUAUGAGAACAACAUUGCUCGAGUCAAAGCAAAAACUGCAAAUGAAUCUUCCAAAUGGGAAAAGAGUCAACGUUUCCAUCCAGUCUUUGAUGCAACAAUUGGACCACCAGCAGUGACACUGAAGACUCAUCACACCUCAAUUCUUCUAAAUAUAACAAUACCAUGGGAAGUACAACAGAGCAAAUACCUCAUAGAUUCAGUAAACAAAAAUCACUUCAUAAUUACGGUUUCACACAAGGAUUUAGAGAUGCCCAUUAUAGAAAUUACAACAAACAAUAUAUGGAAUAUAUCAAACUUGACUCCAUGGUCACAAUAUUGCCUCAGUGUCCUAAUGAAUUUCCCAGAAAUUAAGAAAACCAGUCUUUCAAGCUCUGAACAAUGUGUUAUACUGAAAGGUGUGGAAGCCAAAGGUCUCAUCACAGGAUCACUUGUGGCAGCAAUUGUAGCGUUUAUAGUGGCUUGCUUUCUGGGAAUCUACGUAGCCUUGAAUAGAUAUGUUUUGAAUCCCAAAACACGUCUUCCGUCUAAUCUGAUUUUACAGGGGCUAAAUUCAAACGAAAUCAUCCAUAUUGGAGACAAACAUAUUUUUAUGUCAUCAGAAUAUGAGAACACAGAACUUGAUAAGUAUACAUUGGAGACAAAAGAAAGUGACCAAGAAAGUCCCUUAUGCAAGAGAUAUAUAUCCAUGGAACCCUGUCGAAAUUACUAUGUCAACUGCAUGCAGAGUGAACUCCAUCAUAGUUCUGACAAAGCUUUUCAGCUGAGAAAUCCAUCCUAUAUCAGCAAUGCUACUGAAAGAUAUUCUGUGAAAAGCCAUAUGUUUCAGUACCUUAACAGUUUUCAGAAAACACCAAAGAUUUGUAGAUACUCAAAUUUGAAAGAAAAUACAACAGAAAAUGUUAAUUAUGUGAUAUCUUCUGAGCAAAAAAAUAUUAGCACUGCAUAUAUAAUUCAAGAUAAAGCCUUCAAAAUGCCUUAG